AUGUUUGGGCUUAUUGGAGUAAGUGGCGAGGGGUGUGUACUUGCUGUGGCUGUUACUGCUGUUGCUGUUGGUGGUUUUUUUUUUGGUGCUAGUGCUGCUGUAUUCGGCACCACUGAUGAUUUCUGGUUGCAUUGCUGCUGUAUCGUCAAUGCAGUAUUGCUGCCGUUGUCACUAACUGCCGCUCCUGAAUUGGCAUCGUAA